UAUAAAGACGGACGUCUUGUGCUUUCAUGAAUUCGAAAUCAUGAAACAUUAUAUUCCAGUUGAAGUUCAACGAUUGUUGGACAAUUUGAAGGCAGCGAUAGUGCAAGCUAAAACCCAGAGUAUACAACUCGAUAAUGAAAAUCAUCAAGUGUUACUGGUUAGAGCCGAUCAAGUCUUACUAUGUUACAAAUAUAAUAAGAAAACGACUUUGUGGCAAUAUUUGUGGGCUGAGAAGGAAAUUUUUUCUGCUUCGGAUGAACUCGAAUACUGUCCAUGGUUUGUAAGCGAAGACGGGUUCAUCGUGUUGAGGAAUGGAAUUGGAUUACAUAUCUACAAGUUAGAUGGUCAAAUUAAAUUAAACUAUCUAUCGUCAGAUGGCCGCUAUCAUGAUGCAUAUGGAUGGAAUCAGCCGGAUUGUACUUUGCUGUUUGGAUACUUCUACUCCGAUUCCACACAAAUAGGAGUUAUGAGUCGAGAUGUUAAAGGAAAUAUAUCUUUUGAAGCUGUUAAUAAAAAUGAAGCCUUGAAAUUUUCUCAGCUUUCAAUUUGGAAAAUGGAAACUAAUCCACAUGUAGCAACACAUUGGAAAAACGUAAAAACAGGAAUCACUUUGUCGAACAUAGAUGCAGGUAGUCAACAGGCUUUCAUAGUACGAAAAAUUGGUGAGCUUGGUAUUUAUAAGCUCGGGAGAACUCAUGUAAUGGAAAACGUGCUCACAACAAAACUAAUACCGUUCUCUGGAGAAUCAGGGGACCAGACUUUUUUCGGAAAGAUUUCUUCAGAAAGGCAUUCUCUACAUGAUAUUUUACAUUUCAAUUCUAGUGGAAUGUCACUAUACAGAUACGUACCGUCUUCACGAGAUUAUCAACCGAUACUUUAUGUUUCAAAGUUCUCAGAAAAACUCGGAUGGGCAGCUGAUCACACUAGUUCCACAGUUCUGUAUGACAUUGAUAGUGAUGGAUUAGACGAAUUGGUAUUCAAUGGACCGUCAGGAUUCAACGCUUUAUCAAUUUCUCCGGAAUCAGAGAUUGCUGUCAAUAUGCUAAGUGAGAAAGACUUUAAUGUUACUAGUAGACAUGUUAGAUCGUUUGCAACGUUAAAUUUGAAUAAGGAACAAACUAUCAUAUCAAUUAGUGCGGGUGGAAUAAUUUCUUUCCGAUUGCAGCUAUCCACAGAAGAUACUUCUAGAGCAGUAGAACGGGAUCAAAAAGGCGAUGAGGUUACUUUGGACGCAAUUCCUCAACUUCUUUCAACUUCAGCAAAUCGAUCCGCUUUACCUUUGCAUGAUCAGAUCGAUUUUAAGUCAUUUUUGUAUCCGAGAAACCCACUACUUGGGACACUUGAUUUUUCUAUUCCAAUAGUGGAUGUGCCAAAUGCUUUCGGAAUACCCAUUUCUCAAUCCAUUAUGUAUCGGGAAUAUAAUUCCGCCGAUAUUCUGGGCUCCGGUUGGGCCUUACCUAUUGACUGCAUUUAUGUGGAUCGUAGGGGUAGCAUCUUUUCUAUUGAACAUACCUAUUACCUAGUCAAGGACGGCGCUCAAUCACAGUUGAAACCGAAAUUCGAGAAGCAUGAAACAGAUCAAAUUUCCUUCACGUUGGAUGGAUCUCCCGAAAUAGGCAUUCAUUUUUUUAAAUCCAGUAAUAAAUGGGAGAUAAAAACUAAAUUCGAACUAUUUUCAUAUGGGUCGGUCAAAAAUGUCGAUUGGAUCCAGUGGGAACCAGGAUCCGAUGAGUGGCCUGUUGUGAGCAACACAACUCUUCCUAUGAAAACGAAGCCGUUCAUUUGGUUUCUUUCAUUACGGAAGGAUAUUCAUGAAAAUUUCCUGAAAUACAUAUACGAACCAGAAUAUUCCUCGUUGUCUUCGGGGAAAAAAUACGUCGAUAGAUUAAGUUUGAUAAAAGUUUCAAGUAAUAAUGGCGACUUCGUACGAUUUAGCUAUGAUCAUCUUUUUAACUCGAAAUUAUUGGUAGGAUUUUUCGUGCAAACUGCAAGCUACACCCAAGAUGUUAAAUUUCAGUAUAGUUUAGUAAAGUCCACCCCUCGGUUAGUUUCAAUAGAUCAGCUUGCACUGCCAGUGUUGCAAUUUAAAUAUGAUGGUUCGAAGGGUGAGCUUACUGAAAUCCACUUUCCAAAUGGACUGGUGUCGAAAUUUUCCUAUAGUCAUUUACGGUUUCCAACCGCUUUAACAGCGAAUAAGUUUAGUUUCUCUUCCGACGCCCAGGUGACCAAUGGGCCAAAUUACACGAUAAUCAGUGGAAAAACUGAAUCGGACCAAGUUCGUAUAAUAGCGCGAGACGUUGUUGGAUCAGAUACUACAGACAUGUCAGCGCUGGUGUUUCCUCAUCUUGGCAAAGAGCCUGUUCAGAGUUAUGAAGUUUUCACAGCUGAUCACUUUUUUCUCGUAUCACUAUCUCACGAGACACACAAGGAACUAUGCUUAUUUAAAAGGAUGGCGCAUGGUGCUUGGUCAGCGGAAGCCUCGUGUAUGAAACUUUCCAAGGAAAGUAUCCUAAUGGCAGGAAAAUCAUUUUUGUUGAUCAGAAAUGGUGAAAAAUUAGCCCUUUUACAGUUGCUUGGUGAGCGAUGGGAUGUAAAACCUGUAUUAAACAACCUUGCUGAUAAUACAAUAGUACAAGCAUUUUCCUAUGCCUAUGUUACCUACAACGAUUCGGAGUUGAAUGUGAAUUUUCAAGAUGGCAACGGUACUUGGGUAACAAAAGUUGUACCAUUUGGUACUAACAUGAUAAAAUCUAGUAAAAGCAUUUUCGAAAGUUUUGAUACAGAUGAGACUACUAUUAAAAAUCUCCAGAAUAUUUUCAUGGGAGGGGUUCUUAACACCCACCACAACGCAAUAAUUAUCAGGACAUUAUCUCUUUCAGAAAAUAAGCUUUAUUCGAAUAUGCAUUUUAAAAUUUUCAAUGAAAAAUACGAACUAACAAACCAAGAAACAGUCACCAUUUUAGUAGAAGAUUUGGACAAUUAUCUACUGAGUCUUCCUCCUAUGAAUAACAACUAUUUUAAAAUUGGCUACAAAAAUGUUGAUGGAAAGUACAGAGUUGUUGUUAAAAACCACACUGGCGAAAUUUUAGAUGAGGUCAGUAAAAUCAAAGAAAAGGUCGAAGAAGAAAUACGUAAACAUCCGCACGCAUCGGAUGCAGAAAAGAAUAAGUAUCGUCGUGAAAGUUUCGAAAAACUUGAUAGUGAGCUUCAGGAGAUUUAUAAGAAUGUUACAGCAGGGAUUCCCUUUGCGAUUGAUCCUGCUAAAUUUGGUGUUUUUGUUAACAGUGAUAAUGUUGUUUCCGCUUCAAAUAAGUUCAGAUUCAAUGGAAUACGUUGGGAUUAUGAGAGAAUUCCCCAAUCAGAAAUCAGCAUAUCCGAGUUUAGCUUGAAACUUGGUGAAUCGAUUACCUUAACAAAAUCUGACACAAACGCUACAUUCAAACUUUACAAUGGUGCAAGUUUGCUUUGGGAUCUAGAAACACCACAUGGUAACGACCUUCUGGUGAAUUAUCCGGCCUUCGUCGGAGUCCAAAAUCCAAGCAGCGGUAGUAAAAUUUUUACUUUCGCAAAUAAUAAAAUUCAUCAUCUACCGGAGGGGGAAAUUGUUAGCAGAGUUAGCAAUUACUUUGGUAUUGUAACCUCUACUGACGACAAAAAAUCCGUGACAAUAAGAUCGCUGAAAUCUUUGCUAGAUUUUCGUCAAAAUGCUAUCACAAAGCAAACAUUGGUUCAUGAUGAACUGCACGAACGGUCAUCUACGUUCGAGUAUGACUUGACAAAAGUCAGACAAUAUUCUGAUGGUUUUACAUUUACCAAAUCGAAAGUUUUGCCUGGUGGCAAACCAGAGUUCGGGUGGUAUGAAGAAUCAUUCAAUUUGGCCGCGAUUGGCAAUAGUAGUAAAACUGUUCACAACUCCAAAGGAGGUGUUGUUAAGAUACUAAAUCCCGAGACAGAUGAGAAAAUUGAGCCUUUUGAUGAAGAUACAAUGUUAACGGAUCGUUUAGGACGCUACAAAAUUGCUGAUUUUCGACCUUAUAAACUUUCUCAAGAGGUAGUGUCUUAUUACGGAUUUGAACCAUACGAAGUGAACCGAAUUGGAGUUCACCAAAAAUGGAUUUUUGAUAAACAGCUAAUACUGCGGGAGCAUCUAAAUCAUUUUCUUAGAUUAAAGCCUGGAUCUUCGAUUACAGGUCAAUUCCGGCCAACACUGAAAGGGAUGUCGUACGUGGCAUCCUGCUGGAUUCGCACAGAUCAAAGUGCUUUUGUUGCUAAAAGUUUGACUUUGAAAGUAAUUUCAACAGAUAACGAAAUGCUGAGAGAAAUCAAGGGGAAAAUUCAAAGUCACAUUAGUGGCUGGUAUUACGUGGAGGCUCUCUAUCGGAGUGACUCGGAAACUGAUCAAAAUCGUUUUGAUAUAGAAGUGAAGAAUUUCGGUACACAUUCGCUGGACGUCGACCACGUACUUUUAACCCCGUUGCACUUUAGCUUCGAAAUCAACAUAUUGGAGGGUAGAAGAGGAAUAGCUAGAGCUGUUUUGAUGAAUUCCGGAUUGUUAAGGCAAACGGUACUUGAUCGUUUCGGAAAUGUUGUAGCUCAGAUUUCCGAACUAGGCAUAGUAAUCUUUUAUACUUUGAAAUCAAAAAAUUCAGCCUUGGUGAAAAAUAAAAAAAUGAUAUCGCGUGUUGAAAUGCGACCGACGUUUGGAGACAUUGAAUAUAGCUUUGAAAAGAAAAGUCACCUUAAAACAUUAAAAUAUUCACCGGAUAUUUUUAGCUUAAGGUUUUUGUACACAUUGUCGGGAGCUGGUAGUAUUUCCAUAACUUUGGGAUAUUUUUCUAUGAAAUUAUAUCAACACAAUGGUCAUAACAACUUAAAAAUCAGUACCUUUGAACCAGUUGUCAUUAAUUCGGAAGGAGAAUGUACGGUUUUGUUAACAAAAUCUCAUUUUGUUAUUUGGAUAGAUGGUCAUCUAAUAUUGGAAAGAACAUUUGAGUCUACAACGAAAGCUUGGUCAAAUGUAAAUUUUAAGGUGACCGGCCAAACUUCUUUUUCUGAGAUUAUAUUUAUGUAUGAUCCAGCGGUGAAGGUGUUUUAUCAAAACAAACUAGGUCUCACUAUUCAAGAGAUAACUUUGAAAGAUCACAACACUAUCAACAGUCGUCAAAUCGUCUACGACGAACUCGAUCGACCUGUUCUGAAAACGAAAUGGACUGAGUUGAAAACAAAUGGACACACUCUUCUUGACUACAAUCCGAAGCUCGUUACAAAUUUGGAUUCUAUUCUGCUAGAUAGGAAAGUCGAGGGUCUCGCUGAUCAACUGAAUCCCGAAUGUGAAGGUUAUCCGUUUAGCUGGAUUUCAUACCGGGACGACCCUUUGGAAACGAAAUCUUCGAUGGGACUUCCUGGAAAACCAUUUUCUUUUGUGGGGCCCCACAAAACAAAAUACGGUUCGAAUCCAAAUAUCGCUUUUUUAAAAGUUUUGUUUCCAACAGCAAAACAAUUCAAGCAUGAUUCUGAACUGAGCUCCGGUGGUUCGUUAACAGUCCAUGUAACAGAUAAACAUGAGAAUAAAGUUGCCGAACUAGUUAAGGUAGUAAAUCACAAUCACCGACUGACCACGUUUGAGUAUGACGACCAAAAUAGACUCAUAUGUGUUUUGCCACCAAUUUACCAUCGGAAGAUUAAUACUUUAUCGAAAACUAAUGCAUUCGAAUCACUCAAGUUGAAUACUGAAGAGAUAAUGCUACGAAAUUCGUGGGGUAGAUACUACCGAUAUGACACGAAUGGACGUUUAGUAGGAAAACUGACACCAGACUCUGGAAAACAACAAUUUGUAUACUCCGAUGAGGGAUUACUUAGGUUCAUAAUACAUGGUGAUCGAGAAUUUUCUAAGUACCAUGUAACGUAUUACACUUAUGGAUUCGACGGAAAAACUGUCGAGCGGGGUUUACUAGAUAUACCAAGAAGUGAGUUACACACGUUUUUGCUCAAUAAUGCUUCAUUGCCAAAGUCAUCCAACUUUAUAGUAUACGAUUUUGGCGAAAACGAACUUGUUCCUUCACACAGGAAUCGUGUACAGAAAUCCAGAAAAGUGUCCAAUGGUGUAACAGCCACGGAAGUUUUAUUGUUUAACGGACAAGAACAACUUUUGAAUCAUAUAUUCGUUUCAUCUAAUAAAUCAUUAUCUAUUGAUUACAAAUACAGAAAUGAGAAGAUAACUGAAAUCAGUUAUCCGUUAGCAACAAGCGGUGAACUACUCAAGCUAUCAUACGAAUAUACUGCGAAUGGUAAAAUAAAAACUAUUCGUAUGAGUGACCGUGUGCUUGCAUCUAUGACAUACACUGCUUCUGAUGUUAUGAAGGAACUACAGUUUGAGCCGAAUAGUCGCUACACCUAUAAUCGCACAUUCGCGUACAAUGAACCAGGCUACGUAUCGUCAAUUCAGGAUAGUUUCUUAACUGAGUCUAUAGAUUAUAUUUCAAACAGCUAUGGUGGGCAAUCAUUCGGUGAUGGGACGGUUUCAGCUACCACUUUCAGUGCGACUUGGCACAAUUACAGUAAUUUAGAGCUGAUUAAAUUGAAACCAGAGCAUUUUGUUUCCAGUGAGACUACCGUGGAUCAAGCAAAACUUUGCUUCGAAUCACUCAAAAAACUAGGAUAUCUAGACGAACACGAUCGUCCACAGAGAGGAUUUUAUCCGGCAUCGGAACUCCAAAUGUCAUUAAUAUGUAACACUGGAAGUAGAGCAAAUUACAUAUCAGCUACACUAACUAACGGAUUCACAUCGCGAUAUGGGCAUCGAUACGAUUAUGAAAAUCACAAGCAAUUGAUUAAGGCUAAAUAUUUUCAAAAUUUUAACGAAAUACCACAGGAUCCUCUAACAGAAAUUACUUUUUCGAAAAAUAUCAAAGAGAUCACCGUCUCUGAAUCGAAAACAAUUUGGAACAUACUAAAAAUGGCAGGCUUCAUCAUUACCGAUUGCACCAAUAGUGAAGUUUGUCAUGCCCUACCCGGAAAGUCGCUUUUCCAUCCAACGAUAACGAACCAUAUCAACACUGCCUCUUUGGAAAUUCUUUUUGCCAGUGCUAUUAAAGCCCGUAAGGAUAUACCAGAGCAGAUAUUUUCUGCUGUCUGUAAAACAUGGCAUACACAUGACCCAUUCAGCCAAGAGAGAAUUUGUAGCGCACUUUGGACAGACCUGCUCUCCAAAAGCUUCGUAGGUACCAAAUCCGACAAAUCAACGAAAGCAUUGAGCCCAGAAUUGAAGCAGGCACUGAAAAACCAUUCAAGAUAUCUAGCUCGAAUAGUGUCCGUUUUAUACGAUAACUUUGCGAGUGGUUUAGGCAAAUAUAACGCAGAUGUUCAAUCGUAUGAUAUAGAUGCAAAUGGCAAUCAUAUGCACUUCUAUACAGGAUUUAGGCGCUAUCGACUGGAAUACACGGAGAACACGAAUAAGAUAUCGAAAGUUUUUCUUAUAGAUCUGAAAACUGAAGCAUUGCAAGAAGUCGAGUUUCCUAUGGAACAUGACUUUGAAGGAAGUGUGACGAAAGCAACGCAUAAAGGAAUCAACAAGAUCGUGUAUGAUCCUUUGAUCAAACGAGCCAGUCGAAUCGAAAUGACGGAUGGGCGAACGGUCGUAUUUCAAUAUGAUGUUCGCGGUGAACGAUUAUCGAAACAAGUGAAGGAUAUAAAUGGUCAUAUUGUAAAAGAAAAGUUCUACGUGCGCAAUUCAAAAGGAAAAUGCUUGGUAGACUAUGAGGUGACGCACUUGAAAGAUGACAACACACGACACGUUCGCAGUACUGCGUACGUCUACACAGACGACAAUCUGAUUGGAUUCAUUCGUGAUAAUCAAUUCUAUAGCGUUUUUGUCGAUCAUGAAGGCUCCGUCCGAUUGGUUAUUAGGAAUGGUGAAGUUGUAGCAGCUUAUGAUUAUCUACCCUACGGACAAUUACUACGAGUAUAUAAUAGCGAUCCGGAAGGAGCAAUAGCUUAUCGUUAUACAGGUCAGGAAUGGGAUGAAGAAACCGGAUUAUACAACUUCCAUGCUCGCUUGUACGAUCCCGAGAUUGGUCGAUUCUUUCAAAUUGAUCCUAAGGAACAGUACGCUAGCCCUUAUGUGUACGCAGGUAAUUCUCCAAUUUCUCUAGUCGAUCCGGAUGGACAGUUUGCUUUCGUGGUUGCUCUAGCAUUUGCUGCGGCAGGUGCUUACCUGGGUGCAUCCGCUGCUAACAAUUCAUUUAAUCCAGUUAAGUGGAAGCUUAAACCAUCUUUAAUUGGUGGUAUUAUGGGUGGAGUAUUGGGAGGGUUGGCACCAGCCGGAAUCGGAACAUCAUUCGCUUUUCUCACGGCUACGGUUGGACUAUCGAGUGUUGCUGCGGGGGGACUGAUAGCUACAACAUCCGUUGGUUUUGCAUAUCUUAGUAGCGCUGCUGCAAAUAAAAACUGGAAUCCGAUUGAAUGGAAUUGGUCAAGUCCGCAAACGUGGAAUUCGCUCUUUUCGGGUAGUCUCACAGGGGCGACAUUAUUCGCGGGCGUAGGAAAAGUUCAUGGUAAAUUUUUAGCCCUCAGCGGAUCGUCAAGAAUCGUAUUCGUAGGAGUAGUAUCUGUAAGUACUGGAGGUAUAGCACUUUACACUGGAUCUAUGGCAAAUAAUGGAAGCUUCAGUUUUUGGAAGUGGAACUGGGAAAGUCCUGAUACUGUGUGGAAAGUCACGAUGGGUGCUAGUUUCGGUAUGUCAAUAUCUCCGGAUUUACAUAAAAUACAAAAAGGCAUUGUCAAUCAAGUUAAAGAUUUAAAAAAACUCAUCCCGACAAAAGGUGUUAGUAUUGAACAGUUUAUGACUGAUGCUAAGGCUUACUUUACAGAUUCUUCCGAACUAGUCAAGCAAAUUAAAAUGACGCUUCAUGAAUUAUCCAAGCAAGUGGUUCGAUAUCCCGGAUUAGCACAGACUAUUGCUGUAAGACCAAAGGGAACCACAUUCACUGAUAGUGUCCUAGAAACUGUUGAGUCUGUUUUGUAUGAAGCGUCUAAAUAUGAACCCCUUAAAAACAUUACGGGGGAUCUCGCUGAUAGAGUAAAUGAAAUGAAGAACAUUGACCAACGAGAAGGCUUACGUAGAAAGCGGAUGGCGGAAUGCUGCCAAUUGCAAGUUAUAAACCAUGCAACUACAGCAACUCAUCCGAGUAUGUUAAACUCGGCUGCUAGAACUCACUUUCAAUCGUUUGAUUAUCUUUUCAGUGCAUUUAAUCGAUUCAAACAAUUUUUUUAUUCAAGUGAUUCAAAUACUUCUAUUACUGCAUUAAGCUAUGUCAAAAUCAAGGAAACACAUGCUGCAAUGUACACCCUCAGUAACUGCUAUUAUUUUAAAGUUCCCAGUGAACCAAUGUUUGUCAAGUGUUUUGGUUGGAAUUCUCAAUAUGAGAUUUUCUCAAAAAUUGGUGGCGAAAAUCGUCUGGUCGAUGACUCAUUCUCAUACUGUACACCUAUCGAAUACUUCGGUAGAGCAUCUGUAGCAUGUGAUGGAGAAAACAGUUCAUUGAUUUUCACGCCUUAUCACUCCGGUAACAUACUUGAUCAUAUCAAUGGAUUGAUACUUUUGGCUACGGUAACCCCCACAGCGUUAUCAAGCAUUAAAAACAAUAUAUGGUCAUUUUUAACUAAAUUCUUCGCAAAAACUGUUGCUACCACGCCACCAGAUCAAGAAGAAAUUGAUAUUUUGACGAAAAAGUGUCAUAAACUGAACGAAGGAAUCAAAAUGGCUGAAUCUAAUUUUCCUAUUAGGUUACCUUGGUUGCGGAACAUUUGGGCCGAUUUGAGGGAAGAUAUCACGACAUAUUCCAAAAAUUCUCAAAAAGCUAAUUUCAAUGCACUGUUGGAUCGCAUUAACGCUUUCGAGGACGAAUUAAUCGAAAUCGUUACCAUAUCUUAUUCCCAUGCUUCGGCAACGAAUUCGUUCCAUCCCAAUUGUUAUACAUUUUCUAAAUCGCCUGUUACUUUUCAAACAAACUGCAUUGACCGGUUACAUUCAGAAAACGCAAUUGCCUCAAUUUGAUUCAUUAACUUUAGAUAUGUCAUUGUAUUCGAACGUUAUAAUCUAAUAAAAUACUAAACUCCA